AGAGGAGUCUUUGAAACUGGUUACUAACCAAACAAAUUUAGUUUUUUACAUUUUAUUUACACUUUUGUGUUCAUCAAUUACAAUAUUUUGUGAAAAUGGAACGGGAAGAAAAGGUUUUAGAUAUUGUUUUAGAGUCUUUAAUUAGUCGGUGUGAUGAAAUCAAGAAAUCGCUGAUUUCGUUUUUGUAUCGUCUUGAAAAUGAACAUCAAAAACUAGAUUGGCCUGCGUUUUUGGACAAUUUUGCCCUCAUCUCUGGUCAAAUAAACAAUUUGUUAAAAAUAUUGAAAAGUGAAAAAACUCCACCUCUACGUAAUCGUAUUUUUCUACCACUUUUACUCUCACCUGAUCGGGACGAGGAUCUGGCGAAAUUAACUGAAGGCCGUGUAGUUGCAUUCAAUCAUGAGAUGGUUCCUGACUAUUUAAGAACCAAAUUAGAACCAGAGAUAGAGUCAAUUGAGGCCAAACAAAUAGUCAAAGCUUCUACUAUGAAUCAAGAAGUUGGUCAAAAACAGAUUACAAGUAUCAAUAAAAUCGCAAACACAAUAAUUGAAUUGGUUCGCACUACUAAAGAUGAAUGGGAAAGUGGGUCUACGCAAAGAUCAUCUAUACCAGUUACAUCAUCAAUUCAGGACACAAAUAUUAUAUUGGCAGCAAUUUACCUCGGUAAAGGACUUAAGCCUUCAACAAUUACUCCCAAAACUGAACCUAGACCUGGAUCUAUUGGGCCUCAAAUUCCUGGUCAAUCUGGCCCACGACCUCCCGGUAUUAGUAAAGCUCCAAGUGCUAUAAAGACAAAUAUUAAAUCUGCAUCACAAGUGAAUCCAUACGGAAGAUGAAUUUUGAUAGCAUAACUUUCAUGUUAUUUAACUAACUGCGGAACGAAAUUGCGUUUUUUUUGAAUUGUAUAAUUUCGUGAAAACGCAACUAAGUUUAAAAGCCUAAUCAUGAAAUUGAAAGUGAACUCAACUCAAAAUGAAAUAAAAUUUGACUUUCAAUUCAGAGCGAUUUGAAAAUAAAUAAACAAAUGCCCUGAUCUUAAAGAAAGAACAAAUUUUGCUAAUAUUUUCAACCAACAACAUGUCUGCAUUCGAUUUCAUGGUGAAAGUUGUCUGGAUUCUUAUGGAAAAUAUUUUACAUUUUACAUUUGAAAGACAAAAUGUAUCAAAACAGUGAUGUACUCAUACUUAUGUUGCGCUUAAUCCCAUCGAACUCUUUUAUAUUGUAAUUAGCAUUUCUUUUCAAAUAAACUGCAAUCAAUGCACUUAUUUAAAAAAACGGAA